AUGAAGUACCUUCUUGCUUACUCCGCUCUGUUCGCCGCUGUGGUCGCCAUUCCAACUGGCGAUCUCGGUCAGAAGACCUGCAAGAGCGAGGAGACAGUCGUCUGCAAGGGAGAUGGAGAGGGUGGAUUUUUGUCCCUGGGAAAUCUCCUCGCGGGUCUCCUUGGUGAAAACUGUUCGGCCGGUGAUAUUUACUGCUGCGAAACUGGCAAGGUCCAACAGUCUGGCUUGAUCAACAUAGACCUGAACCUGCAGUGCACCCUCAACCGUAUCCUUUAA